CCUAAUUUCAUUUCUUCCUCUUCGCGUAGACAGCCAGACACGAAGGAGAAGCAGCUUCCUCCUCCGCAACCGCCAUUCCCCAUCGCCCCACGUCGUCGCCGUUCGCCAUCGCUCGACGCCACUCCCCCGUCGCCUGUCGCCAUAGUCGUCGUCUUCGGCGGCUCGUUCCCCGCUCUUGCCGGCGAGCGCAAUGGCCGGCCGGUGAGGUCUCCCUUCUCCCUUCUCCGGUCACGGCUACCUCUCCCCUGCAUCGACCCCUGCUGUCCAUCGACACUCUGCUUCCAGAUGACUGUUUAUUAG